GCAGCCGCAGCUGCCGUCCCCGGCCCCAUCGAUGGAGAAGUUCAAGGCUGCAAUGCUGCUGGGGGCUGCUGGCGACGCCCUGGGCUACAGCAACUUCUGCAGGGAGAACAGCACCGCGGGCUCGGUGCAGAGCGAGCUGCAGCGGAGCGGAGGGCUGGACCAGCUCGUGCUCUCCCCAGAGCAGUGGCCAGUAAGCGACAACACCAUCAUGCACAUGGCCACCGCGGAGGCCCUCACCACAGACUAUUGGUGCCUGGACGACCUGUACCGCGAGAUGGUGAGGUGCUACGUGGAGGUCAUUGAGAAGCUUCCAGAACGGCGGCCAGACCCAGCCACGAUUGAAGGCUGCUCGCAGCUGAAGCCAGACAACUACCUCCUGGCCUGGCACACACCUUUCAACGAAAAGGGCUCGGGAUUCGGAGCAGCCACCAAAGCCAUGUGCAUCGGCCUGAGGUACUGGAAGCCUGAGCGGCUGGACACCCUCAUCGAGGUCAGCAUCGAGUGCGGCAGGAUGACCCACAACCACCCCACAGGCUUCCUGGGGUCCCUGUGCACGGCCCUGUUUGUGUCGUACGCCGUGCAAGGGAAGCCGCUGGUGCAGUGGGGGCGUGACAUGGUGCGGGUGCUCCCGCGGGCCGAGGACUACUGCAAGAGGACCAUCCGGCACAUGGCAGAAUACCAGGAGCACUGGUUUUACUUCGAAGCUAAGUGGCAGUUUUAUUUGGAGGAAAGAAAGAUCAGUGAAGACACAGAGAACAAAGCCGUCUUUCCUGACAACUAUGACGCAGAGGAGAGAGACAAGACCUACAAGAAGUGGAGCUCUGAGGGCCGAGGGGGACGACGAGGCCACGAUGCCCCCAUGAUAGCCUACGACGCCCUCCUCGCUGCAGGCAGCAGUUGGGACGAGCUAUGUCGCCGUGCCAUGUUCCAUGGAGGUGAGAGUGGGGCCACGGGCACGAUCGCCGGCUUCCUGUUUGGACUCCUGUACGGCCUGGACGCUGUCCCCAAGGGCCUCUACCAGGGGCUGGAGCACCAGGCACGGCUGCAGGACCUGGGCACGGCCCUCUACCGCCUGUCCACCGAGGAGAAGUAAAGCUACUCUGGUUCCCUCCUAGGCAGCGGGCCCCAGUGUCCACACCACCCACGGUCCUCAGUGAGGGUGCCCCAGUGUCCACACCACCCACGGUCCUCAGUGACGGUGCCCCAGGGUCCACACCACCCACGGUCCUCAGUGACGGUGCCCCA